UUGAAGAAGUUGAAGAGGAUUUGGAUGACAGUAACUUUGAUCCUGAUUUAACCACAAUUACUGCACAUCAAAAUAAUGAACUUAUUGAAGCUGCAAGGAAAAAGAAGAAGUUUAGUCCGACAGAUAAGAAAGCAGUAUAAGCAGAAAAAAGGGAAUUAAAGAAUGUCAAUGCCAAGACAAAAGAUCCAAACCGUUCACUUACAUGCCCUGUAGAGUGUAAAAAUAAGUGUAGAGACAAUCUAUCCACUGGUCAUCAAAAGUUUUUAUGGAAAACUUAUUGGUCUCUAACAACAUAUACCCAGAGGAGAACAUUUUUAGCAAAAUGUGUAACAAUUACAGAUGUAAAACAUCGAACAACAGUUGAGGGUUCUGUUGAUAGCUUUAAAAAGUCACAAUCCAGGGUUUAUAAGCUUCCAGACUCCAAUAAAAAUGAAGUACAGGUAUGUAAGACCACUCUUCUAAAUGUUCUUGGCUAUACAAAUGAUUCUGUUUUAACAGAACUAGUAAAAAAUAUGAACAGUAAUUUUUGUAUGACAUCUGUUACUGAAAAUAGAGGACAGCAAAAUAUUAAAAAUUGUAUACCCAAAGAUAUUGUAGCUGAUCAUAUACGGCUGUACAAACCAUGUGUAAGUCAUUAUAGGCGACUUAAUGCACCAAAUAUAAUGUACUUGCCUUUUGGACUAUCAGUAAAAGCCAUGUAUGAUGAUUUUUGCUCCCAACAUAAAAACUAUUGCUCUCAAGAGCUUUAUAGACAAGUCAUAAAGGAUUUAAAUAUAUCUUUAAGAAAUCCCACAAUUGAUAAAUGUGAAGAUUGCUCUACCUAUCAAAAUAUAAUUGAAAAUUCUACUGAUGAGAAUGAAAUUAGAGAUAAUACUACACUUUUGGAAAACCAUAAAGCCAAGGCUUUUGCAGCAACUUCGAAAUAUAAGGAAGAUUCUAAACUGAGUAUCGAGUCAACUUGUAUCUACUCAAUGGACUUACAAAAAGUUAUAUUAAUUCCUUAUAUGCCAGAUACUAAAUCUUCUUUUUUCACCAGUAGACUAGUGGUAUUUAAUGAAACAUUUGCUCAAUUAAAACCAAAUGCCUUAAGCCACUGUGUACUUUGGCAUUGCUGGGCGUAAAGCUGAAAAUUUAACUGACUCAAUAUUGGCUUUAAUUAGUAACCAAAGAGAUGUACAAGAUUUUAUUUUCUGGGCUGAUAAUUGCACUGGCCAGAAC